AUGUUUUCAAUUUGGUUAUCAUUACUGAUAGUUCUAUCAGUCAAUAUCAUUAAUGUCAUAAAUUUACGUUGUAAUGAAGAUAUCGAUGGUUCUUUGCAAGUCAUCGAAAAUUGUCGAGCUUGUGUUAUUUUUAUUACUCCUACAAUCUCACCAUCGAUGAAUACAACAAAGACGACAACAGCAGCAGCAGCAACAAUAAUAACAACAGCAAUUUUACCAAGAAAUAUAUUUAUAUCAAAUGUUGAACCAUCAAUAGAAGAAUUAUUUUUAUUUGAUGAAAAGAAACGUCGACGCCGACGCCGACGACGACAUAAUGCCAAUACAGAAAUACAUCAACAAUGUGCACGGGAAAUCGAUGGUCCAUUAUAUGGUUAUGAUCAAACACAUUGCUAUUGUAAUUCUAAUCAAUGUAAUUCAAAUAUUCAACGAUGUAUUUAUGAAGUAACAUCAAAACGUCUUUUUGCAUGUUAUCAUGGUUCAAAUUCCACUCAAUAUCCACUUGGAAUUUUUGAUAAAUGUCGUAGUUGUCGUAUACGUACGGAAUUUAAUUCUAUAUACCAUUACGAAUGUUUAACAUUUGGUGAACAUGAACAAAAUAAUCAAACACAUUGUACAUGUCAACGACCCAUGUGUAAUCAAGAUAUAGCAGCAUGCCAACGAUUUCAGCCAGUACAAUCUCAUUUACGAACAAAUUUAGGUUUUACUCUUAUCUCAAAUUCAACUACAUUAACAUCAACAUUAUCAACGAAACUGACUAGUACUUCAACUAUAAAAAUAACUACUACAACCACAACAACAACUACGACGACAACAACCACUACUACAACUACAACUGCAACUUCUACUACAAGUCCGAUUGUGACUACAAUCAAUGAAACGACCAUGACUGAUACUGAAACAUCGUUUACUAGUACAACACGAAUCGAAGCAACAUUAUCAACUAGAAUCGAAACUGAAGAAGAAACUUCAACUGAAAAUUCCACGAUAAUUGAACUUACAACUUUAAAUGAAAAUACAACAUCAUUUAUUGAAAUAAAACAUCUUAAGACAGUGUAUAUUGAAGUCAAAAAUCAUGCAAAUUAUUUAUCAUCAAAUCAUUAUUUUAACUUUUACUAUGUUUUAAACAUUUUUAUUUCUUUUUAUUUAUUCGAUGUGAUCACUAGUUUUAUCUCUUAG